UAUCUUUAUAUAUUUAGAUAAAUAUAGACUUGAUCCUUCAAUAUAACACAAAUUUUUUCACUUGCAGGAUGAAUUCCCUUCUAUCCAGGGGAUUUCUGAAAAGAUUUCCAGCUAGCUCAGGGGAGGUGGUAGUUAAAUGUUUAUUUGAUCGUAUACAUCUCAAAAAUUAGCCAACACUUCAAGCCAGGAUUUGACUCAUUGUUUUAUACAUUUGUGGAUUUAGGGAAGUGAUGGAAAAUAUUAAUCAUGCUUAUGAAACUUAAAAGUGUAUCUUUGGAAGGCUACUGGCUUGUUAAACAUAUAUCAGCAUGCCCUUUCCUCUAGUUAAAUUAAUUAGUUGAAACCAGCUAUUCUUUAUGUUUUCGAUGUCGUUUUCACUUCCUUAUGUAACACAUUUAAGGCUGUGAUGUUAGAGCCCAAAGGUGAUGGCUUCAUAGUAAAUUCUCUUUACAUAUAUGAGGUUGGUUUGCUAAUAAGUAAUAACAGGAAAAGAAACUGGAUGAAGAAAGCCUUUGAUUUCUUCUCAAUAUGGAGUCAGAUAACUUGGGUUCAAUGGUCACUUUUGAUGAUGUCAGUCUCUGUAAUUAUGAUGUACAAGUAUCAUCUGUAAAAUUACAUACAUAUGUGUGUGUGCAAACAUGUGUGGCCUCUGAAGUACUUUGCAGUUCUCCACUUAUGAUUCUUUCUCCAAGGUUCAUAGGGUUUGGAGACUUUAGUGAUCAAUAUAAAUAGUGGUAUAAACUUGAAACCUAGAAGGCAAACUAGUGAACUAAGACCUGCAUUGUUCUAAUUUUGGAUUAGAAAUUAAAUCUUAUUCUAAUUUUAUAUCACAACUCUAAAGUAUUAAGGCAGAGAAUCAGAGAGUCUUAAGGUAAAAUAAGUCAAAUCAACAAGCAUUUAUUAAGUACUUACUAGAUGCCAGAAUUUUAUUCUGAUUUUUUAAAACAACCAUAUAUAACUGAUUUUCAUUGAAGAAACACAGCAAAACAUGAUUUGAAAUAACAUUUAGACAAAAUAAAGAAUUGCUAAAAAGUACAUACCAAAGCAAGCAGUUGGUGCAUCUGUCAGUGCUUAUAAUGGUGCUUAUAAUGGUCAGUGAAAAGAAUUGGUUGAAUAUUAUUACUGAGAUUAUGGUAUAUUAAGAAAUGAAUGAAAUCAUUCAUAAACUAUUUUACUGAGUAAAUUUGUAGACUGCAGUCAGCCUCUUAUCACAUUCUUCACCAUCGUGUGCCUACUAUACAUAUAGAAAGUGAGGGAACAUCUGCUUAAUGAAUUUCCAGAUGUCUCUGAAUUUGGAAUUCAUUUUAGCAUAAAUUGAGAAGAUUUAUAUAGGAAUUCUUUGUAACUAUUGCAUGCAGCAAACACAUUUAUUUCUUUAAGAGGCUUUUCGCAUGCUAUCUGCCACCUGGCCUCAAUGUAAUUUCCUUGAUGAUUUCUGUUACUUUCCUGCUGUAGUCCCUUUUAUAGUUAAGGGGCAUCCCAAGGCAUUUCCAAAGCAAUGUAGUAAUCCAUUUGGAAUUGUAGACCUGAUGGGCUCAUAACUAACUACUCAAUGAAAAAAAAUAACAUUAUCUAAAGAAGAAAGCACAUGUAGCUUCAGUGUGUCAAGAUGGAGUGCAAACUUCAGUCUUACAUCUUAAAAUGUAACGUCAUUACUAUUGCACAUUGAUUCUCCCAAACUUAGCACAAUCUCUAGCCCAUAACGGAUUCUUAAGAAAUGUUCAUUGAUUGAUUGACUAUUGUCAUUGUACCUUAGCAGUAAAUAUUUCAGUUUCUUCAUCCCUAGCUAUCCCAUCAUAAUCCCUAGCUGUUAUAUUUGGCCAAAGAAAUUUAGUUUUAAAAAGAAGUGCAGGACAAGAUUAUAGAGACUAUGUGACCUAAUGGGCUCUCUUGCUUCUUUUGGGAAAAAUAGGAUCAUCAUAAAUCAUAAAUGCCUUAUUUCAGAGGCUGUCAUGUGAAGAAUGGAUAGACUCUAAAGAGUAGAAGGCUAAAGGAAAAUGAAUAUAGAAUUCCUGUAAGUAAUAACUUUCUAAAAAUUAGAUCCAUCCUUGGUUUAGGUUUGCUGUUUCCCAUCCAUUUAACUCUCUAUUUCUCUAGGAAUAAGUCUCCUCAGUUUCCAGAUAGAAUCACUAACAGUAGUGAUUAUUUCUUUCAGAUCCCACUUGUUUUCCUAAUUUUUGCCUUUUAUAAAGUAGGUGUAAACUAUUGUGGUUCACUUCUGGAAGCUUUGUUUCCUGGAGUAUUGUUCCAAGCUCUCCCUCUCUCCCUCCUGUGGCUCUGUUCCCAGCAUCAUUGUAGUUCAACUUAAUGGUGACUCCCAUGCUUUCCUGAUGUCUUUGAUUUUGCUUUUCACCAAAGAAUGACAUCCUUCUUCCCCAGAGGAUUAAUGUUCUUGCCACUGUACUAUGUAGAAUGAACAUUAGACCCACUUCCCACUUUGCCCAACUGUGCUAAGCAUACCCCGUGUUCUAUAAUGGGGCCAGAGUAACUCCUUUCCUUUGAAACUCUUUUGUACAGGUCGCUUAACUCCUAAAUGCUCAGCUUAGAACUCUCUUCAAGCUUUAGGGAAACUAAUUUCUUGCUUUGUCUCAUGUUACAUCUCAUACAGGGUUAAGGUAAAUCAGAGUCAUUUAAUUCUUUUGCUAACAAUAACUUCUAUGGGAUUUCUGGACCAUUAGCAUUUUUCUUAGAGUUGAGACAAAGGAAAACCCUCAUUUUCUUUCCAGUUUUCCUUCUUCCCCUCAGCUUCCAGUGGGAUAUUUGGGAUGAAUAAUUCAAAUUAUCUUCAAGUGCUUCUUGCAAGAUCCCUAAAAGGGCAAGCAACUGCUCCUGUUAAAGACACUGUGCCAAGGGAGGAUAUUUCUAAUCCUUGUUACAUUAGAGUUGAAAAACACUGCUGCAUUGUAUACAUCAUGGGGAAAUUACAAUUGUCCUUAUAAAACCUUAGCAAUUCUUUUAUAAGCUUUACUGGGUUUAUGAUCACUCAUAGGAAGUUUUCAGGUUUAAUGAGUUUCACUUGAUUUCAUUGCCACCUUAUAUUUUGUGAGAGCUAUUAUGCUAACUGCAGAGAUUUGAGUAGUGUAAAGUGUCUUGAUUGUGACUGUUCAUUGCUUUCUACCUGAGUUUGGACUCCUGGACUCCUGUCAAAUACCAUAAGCAAGAUGCAUGAGUUUUUUGCAUCUAAUUGCUGCUUAUGUGUUGAUUGAGUAUAUUAAAAUGAAAUAAAUGAAACUCUUUGAAGAAGCCCAUAAGAUAUAUUUGUGUAAUAAUGCUAAAUUUUCAAUUUGAUUGGAUUUUCAAAUGAGCAGUAGCAAACAUACUAGAGUUUCACUAUUCUGCUAUCCUUGGAUCAACAUCAUAGGACUUUAGAAUAGAUCAAACAUUACUAUGAUGAGGUCUCUUUAAACACUCUUUAGCACUUCUGGAAAUAAAACUCAGAUGGAAUCCAGGAUGGACACACCUUAUAAUAUAUGCCUAAGAGCAUAGCUUCAGUGUGGAAUCAUACUUACCAACCCCCUUCCCUAAAGCAUGAACAGUAAUCAUGGAAUAGUCAAAGUUUUCUAUGAGUUAAUUAGGAAUAAAGAAGCUCUAUAAUGGGUUGGGACAUAAAACAGAAAAAGGAAAAAGGAAAGAGUUCUCAGGGUAUAAACUCUUCUGCUUGCUCUCUUUGAGACAAUACCCCCCCCCACCAAAAGGAACCAUGAUGGGAGUCUUGUAAAGCCAUGAGUAGAAGCUUAAAAUUCCUCUUACUUCUACCUGCCUUGUAGCUAUCUAACUCCCUUAUUGAAAGAAACUGAAAAAAAAAAAAACCCAACAACUCUUUUUUGAAUUCCCCCACAACUGGGGUAUUAGUGAUUAUAUACUUUAACUUUUCAAGCAAUGAAACCUUCAUUAGAAAAUGAGGAUGGGGAUAGAAAGGAUUGGGAUCGAAACUCCAUUUUUUUGUUGUCUACCUCCCACAAAUCAUAAGGGUUAAACUUUUGAAAAAGAAUGGUGGACUCUACUGGCAUUCUAGAGGUUAACAUUAGGGGGCUCUAGGAUAAAUACACAUCUUUUUUUAUUGCUAAAAUUAAGAGAAAUAUAAACAUAUCGUUGCAGUUUUUGUGGAAAGAGUAACUCGUUCAUGCCUGAGCUCAUCUAACAAAAAAUAAAUGAAUAAAUAAAUUAUUGUCAGGGCAAAGACUGCUGAUGGUUGCAAUGAAAAAUCCCGAGAAAUGCCGGGGCAGCGGACUUAGUUUUAUUUUAGCAUAGCUUUCAAUUUAUGGUUUAUAUCAGAGGGAGAGAAUUUAUCAGGUCUUAUCAGUCAGAUCCAUCCCUUCUGGAUGGGUGUGUUAGCCCCUCCCCCUGUGCCGGUUUAUAGCUCCUCACUGAUGCAUUGUGAAAGAAAGUCGAAGUCCCCCCAGCUCAGGCUUUUAUUUUUGCUCCCUUUCUAAGGCUUCUUUCUCCCCCGCUAAACCAGGAGAGCUAAGCAAAUGGCUCAUCUACCCUCGGCAUGUCUGACCUGCCUUUCUUCUGAAGAAACGGGAGGAGAGACAGUACAAGUGCUAGCCGGUGGGCUGCCUUUACUGCAGGCUUUUCUGUUCAGGCUGUCCCUCUCCUUUAAAACCGAGCAUCCCUCCCCUCCGUGGCAGCAGCAGCAGCAGCAGCAGCAGGCUGGCUGCUUCCAUUCAGCCCCAUUUGGUAUGCAUGAGCACCACUGCUCCAAGCCAGGAGGUUGCUUUCUUAAGGAGGAUCGGGGGGCUAAGGCAGAACCCCUUUACUAGGCUUCCAAGUUCCGGAAACCUCCUGCCCUGACGGGACUGCAGGUGUGCCGAGAUGACCCUGGCAUGUCAGAACUGUGGGGCACCCGGGGUUUUCUAGGCAUUUGCAGGUGGACAGCUCCUUUUUUCCUGGUGGAAUUGGGAAAGAGUCAUGAAUCAAACUGAUGCUCAUCGCCCACUAAACUGGACCAUUAGGAAGCUGUGCCAUGCCGCUUUUCUCCCAUCUGUCAGGCUUCUUAAGGCUCAGAAGUCCUGGAUAGAAAGAGCAUUUUAUAAGCGAGAAUGUGUUCACAUCAUACCCAGCACCAAAGACCCCCAUAGGUGUUGCUGUGGGCGUCUGAUUGGCCAACAUGUUGGACUCACACCAAGUAUCUCCGUUAUCCAGAAUGAGAAGAAUGAAAGCCGACUCUCUCGAAAUGACAUCCAGUCUGAGAAAUGGUCCAUCAGCAAGCAUACACAGCUCAGCCCAACAGAUGCUUUUGGGACAAUUGAGUUCCAAGGAGGAGGUCACUCCAAUAAAGCCAUGUAUGUGCGGGUGUCCUUUGACACAAAACCUGAUCUCCUCCUACACCUGAUGACCAAGGAAUGGCAACUUGAGCUCCCCAAACUCCUCAUCUCUGUUCAUGGAGGCCUCCAGAACUUUGAACUCCAGCCAAAACUCAAACAAGUUUUUGGAAAAGGUCUCAUCAAGGCAGCCAUGACCACUGGAGCAUGGAUUUUCACAGGAGGAGUCAACACAGGAGUUAUUCGACAUGUUGGGGAUGCUUUAAAGGAUCAUGCAUCAAAAUCUCGAGGGAAGAUAUGUACCAUAGGCAUUGCUCCCUGGGGAAUUGUAGAAAACCAAGAGGACCUGAUUGGUAAAGAUGUGGUCCGGCCAUACCAGACCAUGUCCAAUCCCAUGAGUAAACUCACAGUUCUUAAUAGUAUGCAUUCCCAUUUCAUUCUGGCUGACAAUGGGACUACAGGAAAAUAUGGAGCAGAGGUGAAACUUCGGAGGCAGCUAGAGAAGCAUAUUUCACUUCAGAAGAUUAACACAAGAAUCGGCCAAGGAGUUCCAGUCGUGGCCCUCAUUGUGGAAGGAGGACCAAAUGUAAUUUCCAUUGUUUUGGAGUACCUUCGAGACACUCCGCCCGUUCCUGUGGUUGUCUGUGAUGGGAGUGGACGGGCAUCUGACAUCUUGGCAUUUGGGCAUAAAUAUUCAGAAGAAGGAGGCCUCAUUAAUGAGUCUUUGAGGGACCAGUUGCUAGUUACUAUCCAGAAAACAUUCACCUAUACUCGAACUCAAGCUCAGCAUCUCUUCAUAAUACUCAUGGAGUGCAUGAAGAAGAAGGAACUGAUUACAGUAUUUCGGAUGGGAUCAGAAGGACACCAGGACAUUGAUUUAGCGAUCCUGACAGCUUUACUCAAAGGAGCCAAUGCCUCAGCCCCAGAUCAACUGAGCUUAGCAUUAGCCUGGAACAGAGUAGACAUCGCUCGAAGCCAGAUCUUUAUUUACGGGCAACAGUGGCCGGUGGGGUCCCUGGAACAAGCAAUGUUAGAUGCCCUAGUGCUGGACAGAGUGGAUUUUGUGAAAUUGCUCAUAGAGAAUGGAGUAAGCAUGCACCGUUUUCUCACCAUCUCCAGACUAGAGGAAUUGUACAAUACGAGACAUGGACCAUCCAAUACUUUGUACCACUUGGUCAGGGAUGUCAAAAAGCGAGAAUAUCCAGGUUUCGGUUGGAUCUAUUUUAAGGGGAACCUGCCUCCAGAUUACAGGAUAAGUUUAAUUGACAUCGGCCUUGUGAUUGAAUACCUGAUGGGAGGAGCUUAUCGCUGCAACUAUACUAGAAAACGGUUCCGGACUCUCUACCACAAUCUAUUUGGACCCAAGAGACCUAAAGCCUUGAAACUUCUAGGAAUGGAGGAUGAUGUUCCCUUGAGAAGAGGAAGAAAAACCACCAAAAAGCGAGAAGAAGAAGUUGACAUUGAUUUGGAUGACCCUGAGAUCAACCACUUCCCUUUCCCUUUUCAUGAGCUCAUGGUAUGGGCUGUCCUGAUGAAGAGACAAAAGAUGGCCUUGUUCUUCUGGCAGCAUGGGGAAGAGGCUAUGGCCAAAGCUCUGGUAGCCUGUAAGCUGUGCAAAGCAAUGGCUCAUGAGGCAUCAGAAAAUGACAUGGUGGAUGACAUCUCCCAGGAGCUGAACCACAACUCCAGGGACUUUGGACAAUUGGCUGUAGAGCUGUUAGACCAGUCCUACAAGCAGGAUGAACAACUGGCAAUGAAACUGCUGACAUAUGAACUGAAAAACUGGAGUAAUGCCACAUGCCUGCAGCUUGCUGUGGCUGCCAAGCACCGAGACUUCAUCGCUCACACCUGCAGCCAGAUGCUGCUCACGGAUAUGUGGAUGGGCCGUCUCCGGAUGAGAAAGAAUUCAGGUCUCAAGGUAAUUCUAGGAAUUCUACUUCCUCCUUCAAUUCUCAGCUUGGAGUUCAAGAACAAAGAUGACAUGCCCUACAUGUCUCAGGCCCACGAGAUCCACCUACAAGAGAAGGAGCCCGAGGAACCAGAGAAGCCUGUGAAGGAAAAAGACGAAGAGGACAUGGAACUGACAGCAAUGCUGGGUCGAAGCAAUGGGGAGUCUUCAAGGAAGAAGGAUGAAGAAGAAGUUCAGAGCAGGCACAGAUUAAUCCCCCUUGGAAGAAAAAUAUAUGAAUUCUACAAUGCACCCAUUGUGAAGUUUUGGUUUUAUACACUGGCAUACAUUGGCUACCUGAUGCUCUUUAACUACAUUGUGUUAGUGAAGAUGGAGCGCUGGCCUUCUACCCAGGAAUGGAUUGUCAUUUCCUAUAUAUUCACGUUGGGAAUAGAGAAGAUGAGAGAGAUUUUGAUGUCAGAGCCUGGAAAGCUGUUACAAAAGGUGAAAGUAUGGCUUCAAGAGUACUGGAACGUCACAGACCUCAUAGCCAUUCUCCUAUUUUCCGUUGGGAUGAUCCUUCGUCUACAAGAUCAGCCAUUCCGGAGUGAUGGGAGGGUCAUAUACUGUGUUAACAUCAUUUAUUGGUAUAUCCGUUUGUUAGACAUUUUCGGCGUGAACAAAUACUUGGGCCCUUACGUUAUGAUGAUUGGGAAAAUGAUGAUCGACAUGAUGUACUUUGUCAUCAUUAUGCUGGUGGUGCUGAUGAGCUUUGGGGUGGCUAGGCAAGCCAUCCUCUUCCCCAACGAGGAGCCUUCGUGGAAGCUGGCCAAGAAUAUUUUCUACAUGCCCUACUGGAUGAUUUAUGGGGAAGUGUUUGCAGACCAGAUAGACCCUCCCUGUGGACAAAAUGAAACCCGAGAAGAUGGCAAAAUAAUCCAGUUGCCUCCCUGCAAGACAGGAGCCUGGAUUGUACCAGCCAUCAUGGCUUGUUAUCUCUUAGUGGCAAAUAUCCUGCUGGUCAAUCUCCUUAUUGCUGUCUUUAACAAUACAUUUUUCGAAGUUAAAUCUAUUUCUAAUCAAGUGUGGAAGUUUCAAAGGUAUCAACUGAUCAUGACAUUUCAUGAAAGACCCGUCCUGCCACCACCCCUAAUUAUUUUCAGCCACAUGACCAUGAUAUUCCAGCACCUCUGCUGUCGUUGGCGGAAACAUGAGAGUGACCCGGAUGAAAGAGAUUAUGGUCUAAAACUUUUCAUAACAGAUGAUGAGCUCAAGAAAGUCCAUGACUUUGAGGAACAGUGCAUUGAAGAAUACUUUAGAGAAAAGGAUGACAGAUUCAAUUCUUCUAAUGAUGAAAGGAUACGGGUGACAUCAGAAAGGGUGGAGAACAUGUCCAUGCGCCUAGAGGAAGUGAAUGAGCGAGAACACUGCAUGAAGGCUUCCCUCCAAACAGUAGACAUCCGCCUCGCUCAGCUGGAGGACCUCAUAGGACGCAUGGCCACAGCACUAGAGCGGCUCACUGGUCUGGAAAGGGCAGAGUCCAAUAAGAUUCGGUCCCGAACCUCCUCUGAUUGUACAGACGCCGCCUACAUUGUCCGCCAGAGCAGCUUCAACAGCCAGGAAGGGAACACCUACAAGCUCCAAGAAAGUCUCGACCCUGCAGGUGAGGAGUCAAUGUCCCCAACCUCUCCAACCUUAAUGCCCCGUAUGCGAAGUCACUCUUUCUAUUCCAUGAAUAUAAAAGACAAAAGUGGUAUAGAAAAGUUGGAAAGUAUUUUUAAAGAAAGGUCCCUGAGCCUACACCGAGCCACUAGCUCCCACUCGGUAUCAAAAGAAACCAAGGCUGCUCCGGCCCCCAUAAGUACUUUGGCAAUCAUCCCUGAUUCCAGAAGGCCAUCGUCGUGUAUUGACAUCUAUGUCUCAGCCAUGGACGAGCUCCACUGUGACAUAGACCCUCUGGACAAUUCCAUGAAUAUCCUGGGGCUAGGAGAGCCCGUCUUCCCAGCUCCAGCAGCAUCCACUGCCCCUUCAAGUAGUGCCUAUGCAACGCUCGCUCCUACCGACAGACCUCCAAGCCGGAGCAUGGAUUUCGAGGAUAUCACUUCCAUGGACACCAGGUCUUUUUCUUCAGACUACACCCACCUUCCCGAGUGCCCAAACCCCUGGGAUGUGGACCCCCCCAUGUAUCACACGAUAGAGCGCUCCAAAAGUAGCCGCUACCUGGCCACCACCCCAUUUCUUCUGGAAGAGGCCCCGAUUGUGAAAUCCCAUAGCUUUAUGUUCUCGCCUCCUCCUCGGAGCUAUUACCCCAACUUUGGGGUACCCGUCAAAACAGCAGAAUACACAAGUAUUACAGACUGCAUUGACACCCGGUGCGUGAAUGCUCCUCAGGCAAUAGCCGACAGGGUGAUCUUCCCUGGAGGCCUUGGAGACAAAGUGGAAGACUUGGCCUGCAGCCAUCCAGAGAGAGAAGCGGAACUGAGUCACCCCGGCUCCGACAACGAAGAGAAUGAAGCCAAAGACCGGAAGACGCUAGCAUUACCAGCCCAAGAGGGCGGUCCCUCGGACAGAACCCUGUCCAACAACAUAGCGGUCCCCAAAAUCGAGAGAGCCAACAGCUAUUCAGCGGAGGAGCCCAGCACACUCUACCCACACACCAGGAAAAGUUUCUCCAUCAGUGACAAACUCGACAGGCAACGCAACUCGGCCAGUAACACAGCCAGCCUCCGGCACCCCUUCCAGAGGAGUAAGUCCUCCAGGCCAGAAAGUAGAGGGGACAGCCUGUCUAUGAGGAGACUGUCUAGAACUGCUGCUUUCCACAGCUUUGAAAGCAAGCACAGCUAAAUUUUAGACCUUCCUUCCUACACAGUGCAGGAGAGAUGAGACCUUAUCCCCAAGUCCCUCCGUCUCCUUGCACCCUAACUAUUUGUGUUAGCUAAACAAAACUAACCACUCUGGGAGGGAUCUGUUUUAAAUCUCUCUUCUGGGACACUGGUCAGGAAAACUCUGAACAGCCUGACCUAUUCCCAUUCAUAUUUGAGGGGAGAGGGAGGGAAGGGGGGAUAUACAAGAGCCUAGAAUUGGGUUUGGAUAAAGUUCUCCAUCUGACUUAGCUGUGAGCCUUGGGGAAUGAAUGGGCGCCAAGCUUGAUCAUUGUUAGAAGGUGCCAUUUUGAUUUUUGAUCCUGAUCAAGCUUUUUAGGACCCAGGGCUAAUUUUUUUUUUAAUGAUGAAAUAAAAUAACUAGCAUACAAAUGAGCUAUUCUAAACUUCAAUUCUGUUUUCUUUUUACAUUGGUUCCGUCAUUGUGGUGAUUGAUGAAGAGCAUCCUUUUUGUUCUGUAUAAGCCGGCAGCGAGCAACCCUAACGUCCCACAUCCUUCACAUGUCAACAUCUCUGUAAUUGAUCAUUAUAAAGAAACAAACAAGGUAACACUCCUAGUUCACCUGUCUCUUUUAUAUUCACUUCUGGUGCCACAACUGUUGAUCUUGUUUGAAGAAGGGGGAAAAGAGGAACAAGAAAUGCCUUUGUAUUUAGGUUGUAAUCUAAAUGAAAGAAGAACUGAUGUAUGUUUAAAAAAAAAAAAACACAAUUGUCCAGCAACUUGUUGUAUAAGUGGGCAUUCUAACACAGUCUGAGCAAGCUCAAGAUGAAUGUAACUAAGUAAUUUAAUAUUAUAUAUUUAUUUUUUUAAUCACACUUGUCAUCAAUGAAUUUAUUCACAAAAUGGUACCAUGUUGAACAGUGGGCAGGAAGAUUGAAAUAAUGCCAUAAGUAAGAGGGUUAUCUUCUCACUGUUUAAUGGAAUGAACAUGUUUAGUUUGCUGCUAUAUAUACUUUAUUCAUACAUCACAUGUCACCACUAUGUUUAUUUGUUUUUUCCAUAGCCCUCAAAUCAUUCUGCCAGUUUUUCACACCAUCCAUCAUGCCUAUUUUCUAUGUUAGGACAUAACUAUUUCUAAAUAUUUUCAUAUCCACAGUUUUGUUAUCUGAUCUCGUUUCAAUGUAAAUUAAAUAGGAAUUUUCUCAAGGGCUGUUAUAAUUUUUUUUUUUGGACAAUGGAUUCAGAUACAUUUUGGGGGCUGGGUUCAAAACAUUAAAUUAUUUUCAAGGUGACUGGGGGUUGGAUAACAACCAAAAGCCAUCAGCUACAGUUCUGCUACACAUAUUUUUCCUGCACACAUAUAUAACAAAGCUGCAGAAAGAUGCCAUAGACCAAAGUAUAAAGCAGAUGAACCAUCCAGAUAGUUAAAUGAGAAAAAAGAAUAUAUAAAUAUAUAUAAAAUAAUAUAUAUGAACAGUAUAUAAACAUCAAGUAUGUAGAACAUUCCUUGAAGGUUAGAAAUCUCCCUGUGGCUUGGACUUUGCUCUUACUUUGGGUCUUUAAGGAAGAUAACCAAAGAUGGAGAGUUUCAGUACUUUUUUUGAGAUCAGAUUUCAACUGAAGGAACAUUUUUUUUAAUUAAAAAGUAGCUAUUGUUGAUAAGAGUUAUGGAGCCACAUGUUAAAGAUUCAGUUUUUUGUCACUCAGUUCUUCAGUCCCACAUAAAUAACUAUAUAAGGCUAUACAGAUCAGACAUGAUCUUGCCUCCUCUAAGUGAUUAUCUCAACUAUGGCCAAAUGCCUAUUGACUAAUUCUGUUGCACAACCAAUGAACUUUUUAUCAGAGUAUAGACUAAUGAAUGGUGUUGGGUGAGGCAGAGAUUUAAUUAGAUAUUCGUCUAUCCUUUGUUUUCUACAUUGCUCCUAUUUGUUGAGUGGAGUUUUCUUUAUAAAAACCUCCUACCAGGCUAUCCUUGUGUCACAUUCCUCUAACCACCACACAAACACCUUAUUCUCAACACUCCCUCUAGUUCUCCAAUGAUUAACAAGGAGGAAGGAGGAAUGUUUGGAGAUAUCCAAUCCUGCCUAACAGGAUUUAAUUUAAUUGUUAUACAGUGAUAUAUAGUUGGGAAAAGGACAGGGACUGUGAUUUCAUAGGUUUAAAGAAAUCCCAGAUAAAGUUUCUUCCAUCAGUGUAGGUGAACACCUUCUCAGAAAUUUAGUCUUAGAGAGUAGCCUAAAAUACCAAGAGGCUAAGUAACUUACCCUGGGUUACUAGCCAUUCUGCCACAAAGGCAGGACUUGAUCCCAAGUCUUCCUGGUUCCAAGGCCAACUCUCUAACCGCAAUGCCAUGCCAACUCUUAUGUAUGUAACACAGUUUGGAAAUAUUUGACUUAGUGAUAGAUCCCUUUGAUGUUCAGUGUUUGAAACUCAGCCACAGAUGACUGUGUCUUGGUCUUAUCGAAAGUAAGUCCAAAUCACAGAAGUUGAGCUUGAACCAGAGGUGUUCUAGAGUUUGUUUGUUUUUUUUUAUUUAUUUAUCACAUUUCAUAGCCUAUCUUUUUGCUGAUUUGACUUAUACUUGUGCCCCAAAGCUUUGACAGUUUCAAACACUGAGCAUCCAGUAUCCCUACCUAAGCAAACCAAGGAAAGAUGAUAAAGUCAUCUUCUUCUGAUUGAGUACCAAGCAAGCUAUUAAGAUACCAUUCUAGAUCAGAACUGAAAUUUGAGGUAGGGGGAAAGAAAUCACAACCAGAAACAGUAUUUCAUAUGAUGAUUAUCUGUGGGAGAUAGAGAGAUGUUAGAGGACAAAAAGAUGUUAGAGGGGUCCCAAGACUGAAUUCAUCAUCUUGACCAAUAUGCUUCCUGGUUCUUUGGUUUAAGUCUUUGGAACUAACAAAAUAGACCAAAUUUCUUUUAAUACACUACAACAGUCCAAAGUCAUUUUCCUUUCAUGUGCAUAUAUCACCCCAGAGUUGCAAACUUUUUUUUCUCUGUUCUUUCCAUUCUCUAUUCUCCUCAACACACCAACAUUGCAUUGCUCCCCUUGUCUUGUCUAGCCUGUGAUGAGUUUUGUAGCACGAUGUCACUGCUCCAGGGGAUGUUUGUUGCACAUCUCUAUGAGUGGAGAUGAUUACAAGAUGCAGAGUGUCAAAAUGAGUAUAAGCAACUCAGUACAGAGUCCACAGACACAAUAGAGUUGGGUAAAGAAUCUGCUUCUAAGGUGCCAACUUUUAUACGCUGUUUCCUGUAUGUAAUUUUUUGUUGUUAUGAAUCACUUUCUCUUUUCGUUUUAAUCUAAGAAUGUUUUACCAAAAUGAUUAUGGUGUGUUCCUGGGUUAGCUCUCUUCAUCUAUACUGAUCAGCCUGGCAUGUGCUUGAAGCAUUAACUCCAUAGAAAACCCCUCUUUGCUGAACGUUAAGAGUUCAGGAGAGAAUUCGGCAGGAAUCCUGAGAGUCGUUUGCCUAUUUCUCCAAGUCAAAAGUGAUAUAAGAGAUCAGAACACAGCACUUUACUCAACUGGAUUUUUACAAUCCAGGUUCAGAGAUCCAGGAUACUACUUAGCACUUUGAAAGCCCUCCCUUUUCAAAUAUAUAAAUCACAUGUUUUUAAAAUGCUCAUGACAACGCAAAAAAAAUUUUUUUUCUGAAUGUUCCCUUGUUCCUUCUAAAAUAUGGUUUCUAUAGAUAACAUGAUGAUAGAUGCCAGGAUAGUGCAUUUAUUCCACAUUCUGAGGCUCUACAGUCUACUCUUCUUAGUGAAUGUUAUGUGCUGUUAUAACUUCUCUAGUGACAAUAAAGAUUAUCCAAUAGUCUAUCACGUCCUAUCUAUAGCGGAUGCCAUAUGACCUGUUCUACAGUGCUGUAUUACAAAUAUCUUUGUAACCCACGUCUCCCCCAGCAGUGUCGUGGCAUGUGGUUGUAUUAAUGAGUGUUACAGGACAGCUUCAGCCUUGCAUUAGCUCAUCUAUUUGCAAAUCUGUAACAUUCAAUAAAGAAGCACAUGUUGCAAGGAAUACUCCCGGUCCAAAAUGCAUCUUCUUCGCAUAUGCAUGGCAGAGUUGCCUUUUUUGUUCCCAUCUGUAACUGCUAUCUGGUUCCCACAUUCUCCUGUAUGGCUCCACUACAAAUGUCUGUAUGAGCUGCUGUAUAUUCAUCCUCUAAUGAGCCACUGUGAGCUGUGAUUGGGGAGUUGUGACUGGAUGGAAGAUGAUCUGACGUGUUAUGCAGAAGGACCAUCUGAAAAAUAAAUGAACUUACGCUACUCUUUUGAAACUCAGUUGACUUAGCUGCUUGUUUACAUCUGCUGGCCAAUUCAGGAAGCAGUGUACAGUGUUUUAUAAAUAUUUUUCACCUAGUAAUGUUCUGUUUAUAGUUUUAAGUGAUGCUGUUUGGUAGGUGGCUAGACACGUGUCCUAGAUAGCGCAUAAUACUUUCGCAAUGACAAUGUGACUUAACUGCAAUAGUUUCUCCUCCUGGAGUCCAGUCUUAAUUUGUGUUGAUAAAAAUGCAUGCAUCGCUUCAUGAGUUUCUUUGGACUUCUCCGAGGCGCUUAUCAUGUUACUGUUGCCUGCCUGUGAUGCUAAAACCAAUUAGAGAUUCAUUCAACUUUCUGAGUUUCUUAUACUGUUUUUUGAAUCUAUUCAAUUUUUAAAGAUUAAAAAAAUAUGUAAUCGAGCUUUUUAUUAUCCUUUAUUAAAGUGAUGAACAAAUAAGAGGAAAUGAAGUAUUAACUGCAAGGUGCAUUGCUCCCGGACGCCUGAGGUUUCUGAGAGCUGACACAGCUUAGGGCUUCCCUGACAUUCAAAACACAAGCCUCUUCUACCUUAGAACAAUCACACAUAAAUUGCUAAGCAAUGAGGGACAGUGAGGAAAAGGAUGCUAAGUCACAAUGGACCAAAAUCACAGCAAAUGUCGUACGGGUGUGUUUUUCUACCUGGUUUUUCUAGAAGCGCACGCUUGGCCUCUUUUAGACAGUGAGGACGUGUCCUAGUGAGCCCCAAGUCAUGGAGUUUGCUUUUGUUCUUGUCAGAAAAGUCAUCUUUUCUUUCUUUGGAAUUAUCCAACACCUAGAAAACUGGGGAGUUGAUUCAUGUGGCCUUGAAUCAACAGUUCCAAAGACAAAGGAAAAAAAGCUUUUAGUCUAGCACCCACAGCUGGAAGUUGCAAGUGAAAGAGACUCAAGCAGACUUUUAUCUCCCUUUUAAUAUUCAUUUCUACAGCUAGAAAUCAGCCUACAUAUCUGUUGGUUCUCAUUCAAGAAAAAUGGGGUGUUUUAUUAUUUUUUUUAAACAGUGGCGUUUCAUUUUCUCAGGGGAUUCCCUUCCAUUUGUCAUUGCUAAUGAAGUGGGAAUAUGUAGAUUCCACCAUGUCCACAGGUAGAAAGGGACUUGGUCAGGUCCCCCCCAACCCCCCAACAACUAGCUAUUUAUAAUGAUAAUGGGUUAGAGCUGGAUGAGUUCUCCCCUGACACUGACCACCUGCUGCCCACUUUAAACUAGGAGGAUUUUGCAUGUUUGCACAAAUAUUUACAUUGGAGACAACAAAACCGUAAGUGUAUUUACAGAAUAAUAUGGCUUCCAGAAAAGCAUACAUGCCAAUGCUGAGUAUGUCCUCAGGGCUAUCUCCAAACAGAGGCUGAUCAUUCCCUUCCUCAACCAUCCUGCUUUCCCAUCAUUAGGGUUCUGAGUAAGAGUGAAGAGGAAAGGUUGGGAUUGUAUCUUCUGUAGGGCUUCAGCGUUGCAUUUUGUUAGCUAGAUUGAAAAGAUUUAGAGAGGGAAGAGACCCUAACGAUCAGAUCUAGUCCAACCCCUUCAGUUUACAAUAAGGAAACAGAAGACCCCAAAAUCAAUGCAACUUCCCAGCUUGCCCAAGAUCAUACACAUAAUGCAUCAGAGCAAAGAUUUGCACUCAGGACCCCGAGACCAAAUCCAAUGCUCUUUCCCCUCUCUUUCCCAUAGCAAUAACUAGUCUUAUCAAAACCAUUUUGCUCUUUUAUUCAGAAUCUCCUGCACAAUUUGAAUAGAGAACCAGACAUAGAAUCAAGAAGACCUAGUUCCAAAUCCCACUUCUCCCACUGACCAGCUUGUAACUAUGGGCAAGCCACUUAACCUCUUAGCCUCAAUUUUCUCAUCAUUAAAAUGGGGGCAAUAAAAGCCACAGUACCUACCUCACAGGGUUGUUGUGAGGCUCAGAUGAGAUCAUAUUUCUACAGUGCUUUACAGACAUUAAAGACGUAUAUAAAUGUCAGCUAUUAUUGUCAUUGUUGCUAUGGACUGGAAAGUCAAUUAUUCCCAUUCGACCCCAACUUAUCUUUUUCUUUCUAACCAGUCUCUAAAUUCUUUUUGUUUUCUCAUUCCCAUGAUCCCCUGAAGCAGCCUCUGUCGGCCCCAUGGUCCUACCCCGAUUUCUAGCCAGGCUUGGAUGUGAGGUCUACACAGCUCUCAUCUCAUGAAUUUCAGUUUCCAAAGAACCCAUCUCUCUCCCCCCUCCAGCUUCUCUGAAUACCCAGGUGGCACAGGCAGAGCCUGUCCUGAACUCAUGUAGAACGGACUGCAGGUUCCCAUUUAGGAAACACCCAAGCUCACAGCCAUCCACACCAAGUUCCCAGGGGAGCGAAGUUGGGGGCUGUUCCUGCUGCUACUGGGUAAUUUUUAAAUAUUUUGAGAGUAAAAAAUAUAUGCAUGCACACACACACACACACACACGCACACAUACAUGUGUCUCUGUGUGUGUGUGUGUGUGUCUAGCUAUUUGGCUGUUAACUACAUGGCUGGUGGAUUAGGAGAACACCUGCAAAGGAUGUUCAGUGACGAGGGCACCAGCCCUGCCCUCAACAUCGGUCCGCCUCCCAUCACCGCAGCUGACUUACUUACCUGAGAAGUUGGUAUUGCUGCUACUGCUGUGUGGGCAAGUGAUGCAAUAUGCUGUACUCACAGUAAUCUCAUUAUCCAGAAUUGGGGUUCUCAUUUGUAAAUGUUCUAACUGUAGUUUAUAAGAGGGGAAGGGUGGGACGAGGGUGGUAAACAAAUGACAUUUUUAAACAGAUUCCUAUAAAUAUGAAGAUUUUUAAGUUGGGUUUGUCAAAUAAAUAUAUAUAUAUAAAUAUAUCCAUCUCUUUCUUUUUUGUGUAUGGAUAGACAUGGGUUUACAUAUCUAUCUACCUAUAUAUAAAUAUAUAUAAAGCCUAGGAAAAAUAGUUCUUUUUUAAAGGUUUAUUGUAUUCACGAUGCACUUUUAGCUGUGUGUUUAGAUAUGUACUUCCAAGCAAAAGUUGGCAGUUACCACAAUUUUAAAAAAAACUCUUUCUGUAAUUUCUGUAACAAAUGUUUUGCAAUAAAAGAAAUAAUGUAGCUCAAAACACA